AGAGAGAGAGAGAGAGAGAGAGAGAGAGAGAGAAUGUUUAAAGAAAAGGGGUGGGACAAAGGAGGAGAAGAAAAACCAAAUAGUGGAAUUAACUGGGUUGCUUGAGCAGCUUAGAGUAGAGAGGCAGACAGACAGAUAGAAAGAUAGGCAGAAAGACAGGCAGAAAGACUGACAGAUAGAAGGACAGACAGAUAGAAAGACAGACAGAAAGACAGGUAGACGACUGACAGACAGGCAAAAGACUGACAGUUUAUAUCUGGCUGAAACGUUUCUUGUUUUUAAAAUUGGUUUGGGGGUGAAGGAGAGGCUCGGCGUGCGUGCUAUCAGUCAGCCAGCAGACAGCUGCCUAUCACACACAGCUCAGGGCUGUGUAUGUAGAUAUGACAGUGUGUGUUGUGAAGCAGCACUGACCAGCUCACAUCCCCAGCCAGUGAGAGGAUGUCGGUCAAGCUACAUUUUGAUUCGCCAUCCAACGGCAGUUUGAUCCAGAGGAGCCGGUCAUUCACUGGCUUCAGCUCCCUGACUGGACAAUGGCGACCCCCCUCAGUUCGUCACUCUCUACGCUCCAAGUCUCUGAUUAGUAACAGAGCUCCAAGGAUGCACCUGUAUCCCAGCAGAGUGGGCGGGGUCAUGUCCAGAGUGGGCGGGGUCAUGUCGGGUCAGCCCCCGGAGCAGGUGGAUGGAAUCUUCAGAGCGCUGCGCGACGGACUGCAGGAGUACCUGGAGGUUCACCAGACGGAGAUGGACUUCCUGUCGUCUCACCAGAGAGAGACCAAGAGGAACUCCAGACUGGCCUUCCUCUAUGACCUGGAAAAGGAGAUGCGGGCCCUGGAGCGCUACAUCCGUAGACUCGAGUUCCACAUGAGCAAGUUGGAGGAGCUCUAUGAGAUGUACUGCAUCCAAUGGAGGCUGAGUCAAGGGGCGAUCAACAUGAAGAAAGCCUUCUCUCUCUCUCCCUCCACCCGGGCCUCCAGGGACAGCCUGCUGGAGCUCAGCCGCACACACACACACAGCCUGCAGGAUAUGUCAGCAAUGGAAGGAGAAUUAGAAAUAUUACUGGGAGAGUUACACAUCAAGAUGAAAGGGCUAAUCGGGUUCGCUAGACUCUGUCCUGGAGACCAGUUUGAGGUGGUGGUGCGAUUGGGUCGUCAGCGGUGGAGGAUCCGCGGAAAGAUCCAAUCAGAUGACUCGCAGCUCUGGGAUGAAGAGGAAAUGGUCUUCCUCCCGCACACACACCACAACUUUGAGAUCAAGGUGACGGAAGCCAAGGGCCUUAGCCAGCUGCUAGUCGGCAUGGUAACGUGCGCCAGCGCCGACUUCUUUGUGGCUCGGCCACAGCUCAUGCUGGUGGACGUCACCGAGCUUGGGACCAUCAAGCUCCAACUAGAGGUCACCUGGAAUCCGUUUGACAGUGUGUGUGGGGACCGGUUGCGUCCUGUGUCCUCAAGAAGGAAGAGUUCCUACAGCAGAACCUCCACCUCCUUCACUGAGAAAUACUUCAUAUCUAUGGUUCAUCUGCAGGACGGAGAGGGAUCCAUGCCGUCUCUCACCCCCAGAGCCCGCCCCUCUAGAGGAGGGGUGUCCUUACUCAGCUACAUGUCUGACCCCACCCUCAUUCCAGCCGAUAAAAUCACCUGCUCUGACAGCCCCCUAAGCCCGACAGACCAGCCCAGCCAGGGCUCGGACCCAAGCCAGUGCUGCAGUCUGGGGGGAAGCCACCCCCAGCUCUCCCUGGGGGUCCCGAGCCUCACGGAGCUCCCUUCAGGGGGGAGUGAGAAGAGGAGGAGGGCGGUGGGGGAGGGAGGAGAGGAGAAAGAGGGCUGGGUGAGGAUGGAGGGGGAGGGAGGAGAGGGGACAGAGGAGCACUGGAGAGGAGGGGAGACUCCCUUCAUACAACUGGAGAAUAAAACACUUUCCCUGCUGGCUCCACCAAGGUGUAGCACUCCAGACAUCCUCAGAAAGAACCCAGUAGGAGAGCUAGACCACCGAGACCUCCAAGGCAUCGGACCGAGCCCUGCCCCAGUUCAGGACACCGACAACGGGCAGGGGUCCACAGAGGACCUAUCUGCCCAGCCCAGCCCCCCAGCCGGGGGUCCGUGGGGGCUGGAGGUGAGCGGGCCCCAACGCCGGCUCCAGGCAGCCAGGCUGGGGGUCCUGAUCACCCGGCUAGAGACCCUCCUCCACCACCAGGAGGCGCAAGAGAAGGAACUGAGGGCCCUCAACUCUAAGGUGAACCACCUGGCUACAAUACUGAAGAACAACCUUUCAUUGCUAAAGAAGCCGUCAUCCGCAGAGACCCUGGCUGUCGACGAAGUCCUGGAAAGCUUUGACUUCCUGUCAAAUGACCUGAAUGCAGAAGAUGACACCUCUUGUAUGGGGAGCUUGAGACUGAAAGACACUGGCAGCCAAUCAGCUUCUGAGGAGGAACAGCUACCUGUUGCCCCACUGACUUCUGGGAACUGGAGUCUUGACCAGGCUCUGGAGACCCACCUGGACAUUUGCAGUAUUAUUUUAGAGGCGCUGGCCACGGUGGACUCCAGCGGGGCCAGGAGAUAUCUGCUAGAGGAGACCGUUCUCCAACACGACGUGCUGGAAACCGCCUCUCGCAUGAUGCUGGAGAACGACCAUGCUACAGACAUACUUCCCAAGAGGACGAAGGACCUGUCCUUGUUCUGGGACGACUGCGUUGCUGACGACGACACUCCAUUCUGUUGCCAUGUCGACAGCUUCUCCAGAUCGCUAAGGAAACGCUACACGCACAAGCUGAAGGCCAAGCACCCCGGCCAAUCAGAGAAAGGUGCGGCCCAGAGCAUCACGCAAUACAAGGGCAAUACAGAGGACCUUUCAGUGUUCAAGGAGCUUCUGGAGCAGAUCCAGGCCAGCUCCAUGGUGGUACCCUGUCUCCGGCCCGCCUGCAGCCCAGACAGAGUCACCGUGUUCCAGCUGUCGGUCUACCUGCAGCGCUGGGGCAUCCAGGAUCUGGGACAGCACAUCUCACGCCUCGCCUGGGAGGUCUACCUGCUCUCUGCACUGCAAAGCUCCAAGAGGAGGCGGGCUCUAAAGAAGCUGAGGGGACGUGGUUUUGCAGAGCUCCUCCCACUGGGCGUGACCCUAGAGACGCUGGCUGGCCUGCAGAUGGACAGCAGCCUCAAAGUGUGUAAGGCUGCAUCCAGAUGCCUGGCCAGGGGCUUCGGCUGCAAGGCCUUCAGGAAUAAGGCAGUAGUGUUCUACACAGAGAGCUUGAAGCAGAACGAGGUGAAGAUCCAACAAGCCUCCUGUUUGGCCCUCAAACACCUCAGAGCUACAGAGAGUGUACAGCAGGUAGCCGAGUUGUGGAGAAGUGAGGAUGAGGACGUACGCAACGCAGCCAGAGAGACUGUUCUCUCCUUCGGUAAGAAGGGUUACUCCGGCUUUCAGAAGAUGGACCAGCUCAACAUAGAACUGCAGGACGAGACGUACCAGAACCAGUACACCCAGAUAACCAUACUAUAGAACCAGACCACCUAGAUAACCCUACUAUAGAACCAGACCAACCAGAUAACCCCACUGUAGAACCAGACCACCCAGAUAACCCUACUAUAGAACCAGACCAACCAGAUAACCCCACUAUAGAACCAGACCAACCAGAUAACACUACUAUAGAACCAGACUAACCAGAUAACCCUACUAUAGAACCAGACCACCCAGAUAACCCUACUAUAGAACCAGACCAACCAGAUAACCCUACUAUAGAACCAGAUCAACCAGAUAACCCUAUGAUCCAGACCACCCAUAUAACCAUACUAUAGAGCCAGACCAGCCAGAUAAGCAUGCUAUAGAAGAAGACCACCUAGAUAACCCUACUAUAGAACCAGACCACCUAGAUAACUACUACUGAUAACUAUACUUUAGAACGAUGUAGAUCACCCUCCUAUGGAACUAAAACACCAAGAUACCCUUAUUAUAGACCUAGAUUCCCAUGCUAUAGAGCUAGAUCGCCUACAGAUAAUUAUACUAUAGAACCAAAUCACCCAGGUGACCAUGUUACGUAACCAAAACAAACAUGAUUAUCACAUUAUAGAAAUAAAAAAACCUAGAUCCGUAUUAUAGAUGUAGACUGAACAAGAUCACAAUACUAAACAACCAAACAUAACCAGAUCACCUCAUAGAACAAAGUGAUGAAGCUCUGUCGUUAUCUCUAUCGUUACGUUGUAAAUGCUGUCCCCUGCUGGCGAGGAUGUGGAACCACAACCUGGGAAAGCAUCUGGACUGCUUGGCUCUCUGGUGAAGAGAUGUUUGAUAGAGGCAGUAAAUAUUCCAACAUGUUCUAUGUUCUGGGUUUUACGAAGAAAAUUUCUUGGGUAAAAAUACAGAAAGGAAAGGAAAUAAUAAAUGAAGGAGGAUGAAGGGUGAGAAUAGGGAAAUGAAGGAUCCUUCCCUCAUCCCUCCUGCUCAGAGAAAUGUAAUAAGAAAGAAGGAUGGAAGGUAGGAAGGAACGUAAUAGGGAAGGAAUGAAGCAAGCUCUGAAAAUGUUUAGAAAAUGUUUAUGGUGUGAGAGGUUCCCAACCAGGAGCAGUGUACCGUGGCAGGAAGUGACCUCACUCCACUGUAUUUACCCUCAGCUUGCCUAAAACUUAUUUUCUCUUUAUGAAAAUCUGAAAACCGACUGGCUUUUGUAUAGCAACCUGUGUUUUAUCAUACUGAUAUAGAUAUAUAUAUUUAUGAAAUCCGUUUUUUUUUUACUCUGUCCAGCAAAGAAAAUAAAAAUAUAUAUGUAUGACUCCAG